UUCCUGUUAUGGUAGGAUCAGACAAUGGACCAGGUUUUAUCUCGCAGGUAACGCAGGCAGUAGCCAAGGCUAUGGGGGCAAAGUGGAAAUUACAUUGUACUUUUAGGCCCCAGAGCUCAGGACAGGUAGAAAGAAUGAAUAGAACCCUAAAAGAGACCCUUACCAAAUUAACCAUGGAGACUGGCGGGGACUGGGUGACUCUCCUACCGUACGCCCUUUACCGGGUUAGAAACACUCCUUACACUCCGGGUUUUACUCCCUACGAGAUCAUGUUUGGCAGGCCACCCCCUGUUAUUCCCAACCUUCGAGCUGAACUUUCUGCUGAGUUUAAAGAUCAAGAACUUUUUCUUUCCUUGAGAGGGCUGCAGAGGGCGCACGAGGACAUUUGGCCGCGCCACCGUGCCAUCUGCAACGCUGGCCCGACCCCGACACCUCAUCAGUACAGGCCGGGAGACUGGGUCUACGUCAAGAGGCACCACCGAGAGACCCUUGAGCCGCGCUGGAAGGGACCCUACAGCGUGGUGCUGACAACCCCCACCGCUCUCAAAGUAGACGGCAUCGCGACCUGGGUCCAUCACACCCACGUUCGGCCAGCGGACCCCUCCUCGAUCGGGAAGGACUUCAUCACACAAUGGGCCGUCAAUCAGGACCAACACAACCCGCUCGAGGUCAAGUUACAGCGCAUUCGACCCACCUGAUAUUGGUUCCGCUGUUAACUCUGCUUGUCAUUGCUCAUGCUGCCGGGAGUACCCACGGCCCCCAAAACAUUACCUGGCAGAUCAUAGACACCAACUCAGGGACUGCAUGAGGGCCGUCCAACUAAUGGUCCUCCGUGCUCAGUACAAGCCCCUAAUAACAGGAGAGGACAAAAUAGAAAUGCAGCCGGUCCCAUGAUUGGGUCCGCAAGAUACAUGACAAGGGGGGAAUGAAAGAGCAGACGUAGGCCAGCCGACUCCAUCUUGUUCUGUAUCCUCCCCUUGAGUAACUUCCCGCUCAGCCAUUCAAACUUCCCGAUCAAACCACGCCCGGCAACCUGCGUGACGGGACGCUGAUCCUUCCCCAGCCAGUCGGCUGAGGCCACGACCCUUCCCCAGCCAAUCGGCUGAGGCCAUGAUCCCUAUAAAACGUUUGUGCUCUUGAAACCCGCUCUCUCUCUCCGGUAUCUCACCGCUGCGUCUGUGCAGGUAGGGGAUUGAGCUCGAGCUAGCUCCAAUAAAGGCUCUUUGCUUUUGCAUC